CCUUUCACAGCGGCCCGUCUUUGUUCAUAUAUAUUCUUGCACAAUCUCUUUGUUUACUUGUUCGCUUUCCAACCCGUCUUUCCCCCCACUGCCUCCGAAACAACCUCGCAAGUAAACUUGCCUCGACUUUUAUCCAAGUCAGUUUUGUCAACAUUCAAAGAAGCGAUCUGAUAUACCUCGACCAUCAUGGCACCACCACAGCCACCAGCUCUCAGCACCGAGUCACUCAACCGCAAGCGGAAGCGACUCGAAGAAGACCUCGAGCUGCAGAGCCCAAUCGCGAGGAUCCUCCACGGAGGUGCCAAUGGAGCAGCGAAGCGUCCCAAGAUCACUACACGAACGGUCCUGGUAUCCAAGAAGCUAUCGCAGGCGAACCCAAACCUCGUCACGGGUUCUAGCGCUACGAAGAAGGCAGACGAUGGUGGCAAGUCCGAGGAGAAGCUUAAAGCUGCGGUCGAGUCUGCAGACGAGAGCAAGAUGGUUGGGAAAGAGAACGUCCCUGAGGACUCCGGCAAUGUUGAAUCAGUGAAGGCGUCGAAGGAGGUUGGACAUGAGCUGAACCCAAGUGUGGUCAAGGUAUCUAGCGCUACGAAGAAGGUCGAUAAUAGUACCAAGUCCGAGGAGAACCCUAAGGCCGCGGUCGAGUCUGCCAAUGGAAGCAAAAAGAAUGGGAAAGAGAACCUGCCUGAGGGCUCCGGCAAUAGUGAGUCAGUGAAGGCGUCGAAGGGGGUGGUGGGACAGCCUGAGAAAUUGCAGCGUACUUCGCCAACUACAAAGGCUACAAUCAACGAGGAGCCGUCAAAGAAAGGGGACUUCGAGUCCAAGGCCUCAGGGAAGGUAGAGAGAAUGGGCACUGCUGCCGCAAACAAAGUCCGCAAAGCACAACGCGGCGGGGCCAAGAAAGUGCAGGAACCCAAGGUCAAAAAGGAACCACUUCGACCUCGCGAUGCUCAUGCACAACUUGAGAGGGAGAUGAAAGCGAUCUAUAAGAAGGUCAAAAACGUGGUCACAGAACUUCAGACAAGCGGAGAGAAGACGCUAUCUAGCAAUCCGAAGGACAGAUUCCGAAACAUGACGGAGGCAAAGAGGAGGGCCGAGGCGUUCUUGAAGCACAUUGAAGCGUUCAAUAUGGUGGAGAGUGACGAAGAGUGAGCGCUGGAUAUCACUGCGGUAAUUAAUCUGGGGAAUUGGGUACUGUAGGGGGGUCCUUUGAUAACUGCACUUUCAAUUUUGGACAGUUUGUAU